AUCGUUAAUCAUUAUGUUUCGAACAUAUAUCUGCACACAAUAAAUUAGAAAUUCUGAAAAAAUAUUGGGAUUCAAAGAAAACGUGCCCAUCGCUUAACCAAUUUUGAAUAUUUAAGUUUAGUAUUUUGCCGCGCGCAGUGUAUACACCACUGUCCGAUUGAAGAAGAGGAACACGGAAUUGAGCCGAAUUGUCAUUCACGUUGUUUCUAUGCAAGGGGUUAAAUGACAAUAACUAAUGAUAUUACAAGAAAUACAUUUUAACGAAAUCAUUUAAAAUGUCCAAUGAAAAUAGUGAAAUUUCUGUGACCAUUGAAUUUGGGGGUGGGGCGGAAUUGCUUUUCGAUAAAAAGAAAAAACACAAGGUGAACUUACCUGGAGAUGAAUGGACCACAAAGUUACUCUUCUGGAUAAAAGAUAACCUUUUGAAAGAACGGCCGGAACUGUUUUUACAAGGAAACACCGUGCGACCAGGAAUUUUGGUUCUCGUGAACGAUACUGACUGGGAAUUAUUGGGUGAAGGCAGUUACAAAUUAUGCUCCGGUGACACGAUACUUUUCAUAUCCACUUUGCACGGGGGAUAGUCGAAGGCGUGGACGAGGAUGGUUGAAGAGGAAUCGUUGACGAUUUCAUCGGGAAGAGUGAGAGCUAGAGGUGGUUCUGUAUCAGGGCACGAGGUGUGUGUACACCCGCACAGUGUCACAGAAUAAAAUGUUGAUUCGCACGAUGUACGUCUGGGACGUUCCACGUAACGACCAUAAUAUUACGACUGACACUUUGGCCAUUUUCCAAGGAUCCUCGUAUUAUUGCUCUCCCUCUUCUUCGCUUUCCCGUCUUGCCACACGGCCAAUGGGCCAUAUUCUGUCCCUUGUUUCCCACAGCCGGAGCGGUCACUCCCUUUUCCUCUUUCCCUUAUGAUUUUCACGCUUCGUACACAAUUUUGUAUGUACGUGUUAUAUUUCGUAAUUAAAGUCUGUGGAAAAUGAAAGAUAGAAGUCUGUGUUUCGAAUUCAAGCAUAAUAAUUGGUUGUGUUCCUAAAGUGGAUGUGAAAUUUAGGGCGUGGAACUACUUGUCCGGUAACUUUGCUUCUUCGUUAUUCGAUAGAAACGAAAUUAACUUCCGGGUAGUUGGGCGGGAAAAUUAGUUUCAAUGCAGGCCAGGGUAUCGCGAUCCGUUCUCAUCGAGAUUUAGUUGUUGUUCGCUCGCUGGGCGCUCUAUUAAAAGUAAUGAUCGUGCUUCAGGUUCAUCGAGCGAGAGGGAGAGAGAUAUAUCCUUCCUUCCAUGGAAAAAAUGAGAAAACUUCCGUGAACUUCCUCUUCUGUAUAAUUAAUUACCGGCGGUACUAGUUCUUUACCCCGUACACGAUAAAGAUUGUAUCGAAGGUUUUUUCAACUUGCUCGACUGAAGUUAAUCAGCUCCGUUCAGCCCGCGAUGUCUGUGAUUCCCUUUUCGCCCAUCGAUCGGCCACCUUUUCAGCAUCGAGCCUCCACUUCCGUUUAAUAUAAUCCGUGCGCGUUUCUGUACUCGAUAUCGCCGAAUCGAAAUCAAUCGGACAUCGAUGAGGCUCGAUAACGAUUGACCAAUUAACGCGUUGAUUCCUAUGCGGGUAAACGAUGUUACGAAUUUAAUUCAUCAGUCAAAUGAUCGAAGAAUAAAGAAAGAUAAACUGCG